AUGACAUCGGUAGUCGACGUCGCGGUUGACCAGAAUGCCAAUACCACAAGGAUGAUAUUCUACCCGCUGCUGCUAUUAGCGUCAGCGAUAUGGAUGUUCCACCGAUGGCAGCAUCAGUCCAGGAUGUCCAAGAUGGGAAACCUGCUCCCAGGACCCACAGCUCUCCCGUUAUUUGGAAACGCACUUAUUGCUCUGUUCAAGAAGCCUGAGCAAUUCAUUAAACUUGGCUUCGAAUACGGUGACAAAUAUGGCUACGUUGUCCGUGGCUGGGUGGGAUCAAAACUUCUGAUCUUUCUCGCUAAUCCAGAAGAUGUGGAAGUUAUCUUGAACAGCCAAGUGCAUAUUGAUAAGGCUUCGGAGUAUAGAUACUUUGAGCCUUGGCUUGGGGAAGGUCUCCUCAUCAGCUCAGGAGCUAAAUGGCGCUCACACAGAAAAAUGAUCGCUCCUACAUUCCAUAUAAAUAUCCUGAAAUCUUUCGUCGAUGUUUUCAACCAGAACAGUAAGAGUGUGGUUGAGAAGAUGAAAUCUGAAAUCGGGAAGACUUUUGAUGUUCAUGACCACAUGAGUGGCGUUACAGUCGAUAUCUUAUUGGAAACUGCUAUGGGCAUCACAAAGAAGACUCAGGAUCAAUCUAGCUUCGAUUACGCGAUGGCCGUGAUGAAAAUGUGCGAUAUUAUCCACCAGAGGCAUUACAAAUUCUGGCUGCGACUGGACAGUAUUUUCAAAUUCCAUCCACUUUACAAAACACAACAGAAACUUUUGGACAUUAUACACGGACUUACUAAUAAGGUCAUUAAACUAAAAAAGAAAAUCUACCAGGAAAACAAAGCUAAGGGUAUAAUUCCUCCCAGUCUCCAAGAGUUGACUGAUGGCAAGGCUCUCGAUAACGAUACAGUUUUGGCGAACAAUGCUAAAACUUUAUCAGACACAGUUUUCAAAGGUUACCGUGACGAUCUCGAUUUCAACGAUGAAAAUGACGUCGGUGAGAAAAAACGCCUGGCCUUUUUGGAUCUGAUGAUUGAAUCAGCUCAAAACGGCACCAACCAGAUCAGUGACCACGAGAUUAAAGAAGAAGUGGACACUAUUAUGUUUGAGGGUCACGACACUACUGCAGCUGGCUCAAGCUUCGUGUUAUGCCUAUUAGGUCUCCACCAGGAUGUUCAAGCGAAAGUUUAUGAUGAACUGUACCAGAUCUUCGGUGACUCAGACAGGCCUGCCACCUUCAACGACACUCUACAAAUGAAGUAUCUGGAGCGAGUUAUCCUUGAAACUCUUCGGAUGUACCCUCCUGUACCCAUCAUUGCUAGAGAGUUGAAGAGAGACGCUAAAAUCGUAACUAACAACUACGUGUUGCCGGCGGGAGCUACCAUUGUCAUAGCAACAUACGGCAUCCACCGCCACCCUCAACACUACAAGGACCCUGAUACCUUCAACCCUGACAACUUCCUACCAGAGAACAUGGCCAACAGGCACUACUACAGCUACAUACCCUUCAGCGCUGGACCCAGGAGUUGUGUCGGACGCAAGUAUGCUCUGUUGAAGCUAAAGAUUCUUCUAUCAACCAUCUUGAGAAACUACAAAACAAUUUCUGAUGUCCCUGAGGAAGAGUUCCAGCUGAAGGGAGACAUCAUUCUGAAGAGAUCAGAUGGAUUCAGGAUUAGAAUCGAACCAAGAGUGAGGGUACCAUCCAACGCAGCCUAA